CAUUGUCAUUGGUCGCAACAUGCAAACAUAAGAUGUAAAGUUUAUUUCGAAGUGCCACAAAAUGUGCUGUACUGUCGUAAAAAUACACACAUUCGCGAUACGGACCAUGUAGCGUCGAAAAGUAGAAUCAAAUGUACGCGCAUGCGCAUUGCAAAUCGGGACGUGGAUUGGACACUUCCAUACCGGAUCUCCGCGAGUUGAAACUCCACCUGAAGUUUGUCAGGAAGUGUAUUCAGGGACAGAGUAACCUGUAGACUGCAAGUAUUCAUGAAGACGCGCAGUAAAGACCGAUCAAGCUGCAAUAUGCACAAGGACAACUCUUCUAAAGGCGCUCAUUCAGAGAGUACAAACACGCUUCAAAGUGUCGAACCGCAACAACAACAACAACAAAGUGAAACGUCAUCUCCUGGUUCUCUUCAUGCUAAAAUCAGUGGGAUUCCUGCAGAAAUUCCAGGCAAGAAGAGAAUUCACUUCUGCACAGAGUGUGGGAAAGGUUUUGCUCAACACUGUUAUCUUAAACGACAUCGGGUCGUUCAUACAGGAGAGAAGCCAUAUAUCUGCUCUCAGUGCGGGAUGAGUUUUUCACAUCCCAGUACUCUAAUAAGCCACCGGCGCAUUCACACAGGAGGGAAGCUGCAUUACUGCUCGGAGUGCGGGAAGAGUUUUACACGAAACUAUCAUCUUAGACGACAUCAGUUCAUUCACACGGGAGAGAAACCAUAUUACUGCUCACAGUGUGGGAUCAGUUUUACACACCAGAGUACUUUAAAGGAGCACAAGUACACUCACACAGGAGAGAAGCCGUAUUCCUGUUUACAGUGUGGGAGGAGUUUUUCACACCAGAGUACACUAAAAAAACACCAGCGCAUUCACACUGGGGUGAAACCGUAUUACUGCUCAGACUGUGGGAGGAGUUUUAAUCGAAAUAGUCAUCUUAAAAGUCAUCAGCGCAUUCAUGAAAGAGAAAAAUUGUAUCACUGCUCAUAGUGUAGCUACACACAGAGAAGAAACCAUGUAUGUUUUAACUGAUUAUUCCUGGUCGUAACGUUUUUAUCUAUAGUGCUGCUCACAGUGCUGGAAAAAUUUUACAGAACAAAGUGGUUCAAGAACAAAGAGAACACAGGCGUUAUACUCGCAGUCUCCAAUGAUUGCACAAGAUACACAAGACAGUUGAAUUAGUGACAUUAAUUUGAUUAGCUACAGUAGUCGUACUGUUUGUACUGACAGUUUUAAAUAAUACCUGUAAUUACCUGUAGUUAUAUAAAAGGCUUAUUUAAAAAAAAAUAUAUUUUUGCAUUUUAAGUCAUUCAUCUUUGCCAAUGAAACCUCAAACUCUGUUUCUGUGUGCGUAACUGUGUGCGUUUGAAGAGAAUAAACUGGUGACAGUGGGGACAUAAGCAAGUCUGGUUUGUACACCUGCCCACACUACUAUUUGAUGCUAUAAAUUUAUCUAUAAUAUAUAAUAAAUGCUUUCUCAAAAUAUCAA